CAUCAAUGAUUCACUCUGUGGAGUCCUGCCCACGUCCCCUCAUGACGUGUGAAAAGCAGAUGCGCUGACCUGAGAUCAGCCUCAAGCUGCCACUGUGACUGCGCUCUGUUUGGAGUCCUGUCAGUGUGAAGCGCGCAGAGCACGGAUCACCUCAUCCUUCACACAGCAUCCUCUUCAGUACAAACCAGAACUACCAGCUCCUCUUGAUCCUCAGGCUGUUGUCACAUGAGCAGGUCUGUCAAACACUGAUGGGAGUGGAGUAUAGUAACCAUGGCACACUGUAAUCUGCGGACACCACCUUCCUCUCCUCAAGAUGAUGUUAACCUGGGACCUUCAGCAAACCCAAAUGCCAGGCCCACUGACUUUGACUUCUUGGCUGUCAUUGGCAAAGGGACCUUUGGAAAGGUCCUGCUUGCCAAGCAUAAAGCCGACAGCAAAUUCUACGCUGUCAAAGUCCUGCAGAAGAAAAUCAUCCUGAAGAAAAAAGAGCAAAAGAACAUCAUGGCAGAGAGAAACGUGCUGCUGAAGAGCCUCAAACACCCGUUUCUGGUUCGGCUUCACUACUCGUUUCAGACUGUAGAGAAGCUCUACUUUGUCCUGGACUAUGUAAAUGGCGGAGAGUUGUUCUUCCACUUGCAGAGAGAGCGGUGUUUCUCAGAACCCAGAGCGAGAUUCUACACGGCUGAGGUAGCAAGCGCCAUCGGCUACCUUCACUCUCUCAACAUUGUUUACAGAGAUCUGAAGCCAGAAAAUAUACUUUUAGACUGUCAGGGCCAUGUGGUGCUGACAGAUUUUGGGCUGUGCAAGGAGGGUGUGGAGCCAGAGGCAACCACCUCGACUUUCUGUGGCACUCCAGAAUAUUUGGCGCCAGAGAUUCUUCGUAAGGAACCGUAUGACAGGACAGUGGACUGGUGGUGCCUGGGAGCCGUGCUGUAUGAGAUGCUCUUCAGUCUGCCUCCUUUCUACAGCCGUGAUAUUGGUGAAAUGUACGAUGGGAUCCUUCACAAACCGCUGAUGCUGCCUCCGGGAAAGUCUGAGGCCGCCUGCUCUCUGCUGAUGGGUCUUCUCCAGAAAGACCAGCACAGACGCCUGGGAGCCAUCGCAGACUUUUUAGAAAUAAAGAACCACACUUUUUUCACUCCGAUCAACUGGGACGACCUUUACCACAAGAGAAUCACCCCUCCUUACAACCCUAAUGUGAGGGGCCCAGCUGACACUCAACAUAUUGAUCCUGAGUUCACCAGAGAAAUGGUUCCUAACUCAGUGAGUCAGACCCCAGAGUUCAAUCCCAGCACCAGCUCCAGCAACGCCUUUAAUGGGUUCUCCUUUGUCGGCACCGAGGACAGCUUUCUGUGACAUCCGGACAGAUGAAUCGCAGCUAACUGUUUAAAUGAUUUUUUAGCGCAGAAAUCUUGUUCAUUAUUAUUAAAAGUUUUCUCACAAAGAUAAGUGUUCCUCAUGUAACACAGCAGGAAUCCCACAUGACAUCGGUCAUGUUUGACCGCUGCAGUGAAGCGAGUAUGUAGCAGAAAGGGCAAGUCUGCAAUGCAGACACUGUUCGAAAUAAGUUCAAGUUCGAAAUAUGUAAAACGUCUUGUUUGGGGGGGUCCCGUGUUUAGGAUAUACACAAACAAGUUAUGCAGUUGGAGUGUCCUUAAAAUGUAACAAGAAGUGCCUUUAUUUCAGUUAUUUGUAGAGAAAUGAAGAACACAUGAGUCCGGAUAAAGACAAAACUUCUUUUUCUUUGUAUUUUUUUAAAGGCUUUAGCAUAUUGUACCUGCACAAAACACCAUCUUUGUGUGUCUAUAUCAAGACUUAGCAUUGUUGCUCACUGAUCCUGUUUUUAUAGAAAGUAGAUCCUGAUGAACAUGUUUUUUUAAAUUAAGCAACGGAUAAUAAUCAUGGAGUCCAGCACUGAGUUAAAACAGGGAAUAAUAAAAAAAAGAAAGAAAAAAUACUACAAGAAGAAAUUCAUAUAUUUUUAAAAAAAACUUUCUUACUCUUAACAGGUUAGAUAGUAACAAUUCUAGUGCAGUGCUUUGCUUUUUAACAUCAGUUAUCAGUGCACACUUGGCAUGUUUUCCAUCCAUCCAUCCAUCGUCAUCCGCUUUGUCCGGGGUCGGGUCGCGGGGGCAGCAGCCUAAGCAAAGGCAUGUUUUCUUCAUUUGUUUUUAUCUUUUUGUCACACGGUGCUACUGAUGAUUCUAUGCAGCAUGUUUCUCCUUAAAGACCAAAAAAAGGAUUAAAAAAAAUCUUUGACCAAAGAAGGAGAAAAAAAUGUUGAAAAGUAAUACGAGCCAUGCUAUUCGCAGUGAUAAAACAGUGAAGGUGGCAUAGCUGGGUGCGAAACACUGGCUACUAGUUAUUGCAGCGGUGAUCAUAGCUGCAAAUGUACUAAAUGUCCACACUGAUUUGCUAAUGAUGCACUGAUGCAGUACCUUUGACUAACUUCAGUCAGUCAGUCAGCUAUGGCUCUGUGUGCACGAUAUAGUCGUUUAUUAUGAGGAUUAUACAGUAGUCAUGAUCAAAGUAUUCAUUUGUUCUUUUGUCUGUAGAUAUAAGUUUAGCUUCACUGGUUUAUAUAACAGGUU